AUGUGGAGUCUUAUUUUAGGUUUAUUACCUUUUUUGGAGGAGGAGGAUUUUAAAUCUUCCAAUUCCAAUAUUAUUUUUGAAAUUUACAAAGAGGAAGAUGAGCCUAUAUCCAAACAAAAUAUCCGCGAUGUGCUUGAGGAUGAUGAGAUACAAUCAAUUCACAAUAAUGAUUCUAGUUCCCGUGAACCAACGGAUGAAGAAUUUCCUCAAGAAACCGAAAAGGGAUUGGAUAUCAAUCCUAUUGAAAUUAAUCAAGAAAAUGCCGAGAAAAAAACUAUUUCGGAUGAUAUUAUCUAA